AUGCCCAACGCAGAGGGUGCGGUUGCUGUGCCCACCAACAUUGCGCUGCCGACUGUGGCCAAUAUCGUGCCGCUGAACUCAGUAGACAUACUCGAAGACUCAGUAAGAACACCAGGUCUGACUGCAUCCUCUUCCAAGCUUAUACCACUUUAUCAUGCCCGCGGUUACUAUGGACCCACACACGCGGAGAUAGACGAACAAGAAUUCGAUUUAGCGUCUAUCCCAGAACCUGCUGAUAGCUAUGUUGUUCCGUCAUCUAUAAUAGCAUCUCCACCAGACACAAAUCAUCAUACAUCUAAGCGAAUCAAGGUAGUAAAGGUCAGUGAACCUCCGCGGAAAAAGAUCAUCAGAAAAGCCAAACCCAAGAGAAUCCCAGUUCGUAAGCCGGUUACUUCGGUACAGCAAGAAAAUGAACUUCCCGUGUCAAUGUUCCAUGAACAGUUUUAUUCGGACGUGCAAGAUGCAGGUACUAUUAGAAAAUUCAAAAAACCACCGCGUUUUGAAAAAAUCGUAGAUGGCAAUACCGAGCAUAUUCAUACUUAUAGCGAAGAACAUAUACACAAAGUGGUGUUCGAUGAGGAACCAAAAUAUACUGGGGUUGUCGGUUUAGAACAAAUAAGUAGCAUACCGGCUUACACCCAUUCUUUAAUUCCUCUUAAACAAGGUCAAAUACUCGCUAUGCCUUCGGAUCCCUAUAGAACUGUAGCCAUACCCGGCUCUAUGGGAACGCCGGCUCAGUAUGAAUAUGCCGCAUACAAUCCCCGCGAAGUCACACAUGACCACUUCUUUCAUGACCAUGGUGAAAUACCUGAGGAAGUAGACAUGUCAAGAGAUAUUUAUAAUAUCCCUCCAAAAGUGACCUACAAUAGUCAAGGUAUUCGAAUCGAUUCUGGUUUACCAAAAAGACUUAAAAACAAGUACACACAUAGACCAACGAAAACUUCUUCCGGAGAUUAUACUUAUUAUGAAAAUAUGUAUUCAUCUAGUCGUGUUAAGCCAACUAAAGCGGUAGCCCCCGCGCCAUUGUAUGUAUCACAAAACGACAAUGGAAAUCAAUUUAAGCCCGUAUCAACAUAUAGAUACAAAGACGGCGUAAGUAAUAAAGCACGUAACAAAAUACCCACAUACUUUGGUAAACCAACCCCAGAUUAUCGUAUAAAGAAACCUUCUAAUGUCCCAUUUUCGGUGUCAUCGAAAAUUGUGCAUGACUAUAAACCAACACCACAAACAUACUCUGGUACUGCACCAGGUUCAAAUGGCUUAUUAGCUUAUGAAGAUCAAUUUGCAAAUUUUAAAGACAGUUUUGUAAAUAACUAUGAAUACGACAAUUACGCCUCUUCAUCAAAUAUACAUCAAGCUGAAGAUAAAAAUCACCAUAAUACGUACGGUCAUCAUGUAAGGAAAGGCAAAAAGAAGUCAAUUUCAACGCAAAAUAUCAGAUUUGGAAAUCAAAAUGAAUCGUCCCCAUAUCAAUAUUACACAGUAAUGGCAGUAAAAGCGUUAGCUGAUGAUCAACUAACACUGCCGGAAGCAUCGAAUAAUAAUUAUCAAUACGCGGAAGCACCAACGCCUGCUAUUACACCAAAUCCGACAAUUACAACCACUACCACUUCAACUCCAGAAUACCAAACUAACGAGAAUACUUUUGAAUUAACAACACGACCAAAUGAAAUCAUUCAAGAAUACAGAUAUAGUAAAAAAUAUCCAGAGAACAACGCAAUUACGGUCACUAACGCACCACCACUCGAAAGACAUCGAGGUUUGAAAGAAAUGAAAAAUAGUGAUAACUUUCAUAAGAUCAGGUUACGUUCAAGCGAAAAGUACACAAACAAUGUAAUAUCUAGAACAACGACAGAAAGAAGUCAAGUAAAGUAUGGUGAUAAAAUUUAG